UAUAUGCACAUUACAUACUUAUUCAAAUAUAUUUUGGGAGUUUUAGUAAAUGAGAUCUUGAGAAAAGCAAUUUUUACGUAAAAAAUUACAUAUUGUUUUGGGAAAAGCAAAGAAUUAUGUAAAGUAUCAACCUAUAUACGUACUCAUAGAUUAGGGUAUUUAAUUGCAUAUAUACUUAUAUAGCAUUAUAUUAUAGACAUCGGAUAAAUUUAUCAACGUAAAAAGAAGAAGAAAAUAGUAUUAGUUAUAUAAAUAAUAAAUAUUUGUAAUGUACGUAUAUAAAUUAGAUUAAAAUGAAAAACAGUACGUACAUAAGAGUUCAUUAGGACUUAAAAAAUACUUGUGUUACUAAGCAACCACAUUGACAUAACGACGCUAGGAUUACUAAGAUUGUUCAUUUGAUAUUACUUUUUUAAAUACGAUAUUUUUUUAUACAACUAAAUAAAUCAUGGCGGAAGGCGACAAUAUAUCUACGUUUAGUGUGGAUGGGGGACAGGAUACUGUUGGAUUACCUAGAAUUGUUAUGGUUACUGAGGGAUCUGAUACUUCAGCAUCUUCUGCUUCAUCAACAUCAUCAACUGAGGACAACUGGGCAGAUCUCAUCAAGUCAUCGGAAAUACCUCCAGAAUAUUGGCAUAUACAAAAACUCGUCAAAUAUAUGAAGGCUGGUAAUCAAACAGCUACUAUGGUUGCACUGUCUUGUUUGAAGGAUCACGACCUUACAAUAGAAGUAAACCAAAGAGCGAUUCAAGAAAUCGGUGGAUUAGAACUGCUUGUAAAUUUGUUAGAGACCAGAGAUUUAUGUUGUAUUUUGGGAGGCCUUGCCGUUUUAAAGGAUAUAACACCAAAUAUUGAAAUUAGGAAGAAAGUUACAGAUUUGGGAGCGAUUCCGUUGCUUGUGGGACUUUUGUCAGACCCAGCAAGAGACGUACAAAUACUCGCAGCGGAAACUAUUGCCAAUUUAGGCAGAAUUCGUAAAAGUAGAAAAUUCUGUAGAAAAUUCGGCGGAAUACCCAAAUUAAUUGAUUUGUUGGAUAUUAAAGAAAGGUAUCUAGUUACACCACGUGAAGAAUUAAAUCACGACGAGUUACAGUUUUUGGAUAUUGCACGAGCUGGAGCGAAAGCUCUCUGGUCUAUGUCAUCAUCUCAAAGAAAUCGGGAAGCAAUGAGGAAGUAUGGCAUGAUACCUCUAAUCGCACGGAUGCUCAAAACAAUUCAUCUAGACGUGGCAAUCCCUGCAGUUGGACUUCUACAAAUGUGUGCAAAUGAGACUUCAUUUCAGUUAGCUAUACAAACUGAGAAAAUGGUCAAUGAUUUAAUAAAACAUUUGGCUAACGAAGAUAAGGAUCUGAAGACGUAUUGUAGUUUAGCCAUAUAUAAAUGCGCAAGUGAUUCUAUAACAAGAGACAUGAUUCGUGAAGCUGGAGGACUAGAGCUACUGGUAGAAGCUGCUCAAGAUGGUACUAACAGAGCUAACAAACCACUGAUGGCAGCCGUAACUGGUGCGUUAUGGAAAUGUGCUAACAGCGAUGCUAGCGUUAAGAAAUUAGAUCAGCUUGGUGCAGUUCCUAUAUUGGUUAAAUUAUUGGAUGACGAAAAUGACGGAGUCUUAACUAAUGUAGCUGGAGCUUUAGCGGAAUGCGCUAAAUAUCCUCCUAAUAGAGAUAAAAUUAGAAGUGCAGGUGGUAUUCCUAUGCUAAUUCACCAUUUGAACAAUACACAUAAACCUCUUUUGGAGAAUGUGCCAUUGGUAUUAAUGGAAUGCGCCAAGGAACAGAACUGUAUGACCGAAAUUGACGAAUUAGAUGGCGUUAGACUCAUAUGGUCGUUAUUGAAAAACGAUUCUAAAAAAGUUCAAACUAACGCUGCAUUAGCAUUAAGUCCUUGUGUUCAGAAUGCGGCAGACUCAGGCGAGAUGGUCAGAUCUUUUGUCGGUGCUUUAGAAUUGACUGUUGAUUUAUUAGAUUCUGAUGAUCAUAACGUUUUGUCCGCCAUUUGCGCUGCUAUAGCAACAAUUGCUAAGGAUCAUGAGAAUUUAGCUGUUAUAUCUGAUCAUGGCGUUGUUGGAAAGCUAUCGAAACUUGUUAGUACAACAGACGACCAUCUUCGAGCUAAUCUGGGCGUAGCAAUUGCUUAUUGUUGCGAUUGGGCACAGAAUCGUCAAGAGUUUGGUAAACGUGGAGCCAUUACUCCCUUGGUCAAUUAUAUGACAUCUCGUGAUCCCAGCGUGCACAGAGCAACUGCAUUGGCUCUAUACCAUCUCUCUUUCUACUCUAUAAACUGUGUUACAAUGCACGCGGCUGGGGUAGUACAUUUCCUGUUGGAAACAAUCGGAUCUAAAGACCCAAUAUUACAAGAAGCGUCUGCUGGCUGCCUCUGUAACAUUCGCAAAUUGGCUCUUGCUACGGAGAAAAUUAAACUGAAGCAAUAAUUAUCAUGAUUUGAGAUAAAUUCAAUUAAAAUAAUUUAAUAAUAAAAUAGUAGUUUA